ACGGACCGCCGCCCUCGGGCCUACGAACGGCGCAGGGCCUCCGCCGGACUUCCGGGCGGGGCGGAGCCAAUCCGCUGCGCGUGCGCCCUGGGCCCCGCUCCUGGGCGUUCCCACUACAAUCCCCAGGAUGCAUUGGGCGCGCCAACCCUUUCAAACAGACCAAUCGGCGUCCGCGUCGUCCGGCGGCGCGUUUAAAUCUUUGGCGUGGUGGGGCGAGUGCUUCCUCGUCGGCCGCUUAUCGUGCGCCGAGCGUCGGACCCAGGGACUUCCUCAGCUGCGUCCGUGGACCCAGGGCACGGCGGCGACCUGUCUCGCUCUGGCCGGCGGGCGAAGCGCAGAUGGCUGUCCCUGAGGAGGAAGGCAUCCUGCUUUUGACUGAUGAAAAAUUUGACUUUGAUCUCUCAUUGUCUUCUUCAAGUGCAAAUGAAGACGAUGAAGUGUUUUUUGGGCCUGUCGGGCAUAAAGAAAGAUGUAUUGCUGCCAGCCUAGAACUCAACAAGGCAAGUCCAGGCCCAGCUCCUCUGCCAGCAUCUGGAGGCCCCUUUGCAUGGAGCCCCCUGGCCGGGGAGAAGUUCGUGGAGGUCUACAAGGAAGCACGCUUGCUGGCCUUGCAGAUAGAGAGCAGCAGCAGGAACAGGGCAGCCCACACGUCCAAGCCCCAGGACGCCGGGAGCCUGGGUGUGGAAAGAUUCCUACAGGAGUCACAAUUAAAAGUGAGCCUCUUUGAGAAAGAACAGGAAAAGGAGAAGAGCCCCAAGUCACUUAAAAGGGAGACGUACUACCUGUCAGACAGCCCCUUGGUGGAGCCACUGCUCUUGGACAACCAGCCCUCCAUGAUCGAGGCCCUGCGCCCGACCCUGCCCAGCUCUGCUGCCCAGGUUGGCCCCAUCCAGUCACAGGGGCCAUUGCACUCGUCUCGUCCUUGGUCAGGGCAGCCUGGUGCUGCCCACCCUCCCAACCAGGCAGUGGCACAGAAGAGGGUCCCCAGCAAACUGCAGCUGCCUCGAGCAUCAUCGUCUGUCAGAGGAAAGAGCCUCCACUCGGCCGCCGAGAAGCUCAAGAAAGAACUACCGACUAGUCCAUCCAAGACAAAAACCCUAAAAGGAAAGGAACCCUGCAGGGAAGCACCCCCUGACCAACCUGGCAUGGCUCUGGACAUGGCCAGUUUGCCGGCCAGUGGAAGCCACCUGGUCCAAGGCAAGCGAUUGCUCUCUGUUCCUCCCAAGUCAGGGCUGAGGAAGAGCCUGUUGAAACCACCGGGCUGCAAUCUGGCCAGGAAGUCCUCUUCGUCAGGAUCUGUUUCCAGUGAGACGUCCGCUAAACCAAGAGAAUUUACAAGCGUUCCUGCCCACAGCUCCUUGCCUCUGUCAAACACUGGCAAGUUGGGCAGAACGGGCCCCAGGGCACCGCACCAGUCUCUGCCAGCAGCAGGUACCGACAUUGCUGAGUCCACCACGGAGCAACCCACAGUGCCCACCACAGCUGCUGCCACCCAGCCCCAGACCCCAGGAGGUAGAGACCCAAGGCUGGACUCUAAUUCUAUUCUGUCGAAAUCUCAACUGAAUAAAACUGGAAGUAUAAGAAGGCGAGAUUCCCAUCUAAAUUCUGCAACAAAGGUUAUGCCUACUCCUACAAAUCCAUUUAAAAUUCCUAAGUCUUCUAUUGGUGGUUCCCCGGACGGUACGACACCAAAGUUCUCUCGGACGCAAAGGACACAGUCCUGUAUGUCGGCUGGGAGGGCUGGUGUCCAUAGCACUCCCGUGAGAUUCUCCUUGGGGCUGGCUUCACCAGGCCCGGCCAGCAGUUCACAGCCUCCCCUGAGCUCAAGGCGCAUGUCGUCCUUGCCCACGCCCACUGGUCGCCGCCUCUCCAGCCUUGCAUUGGAUACCCCGAAGACUGUGCCCAGGGCCCUGGUCUCACCCCUGCCUGUGCCUGCUCGGCGACUUUCUUCAGAGCCCCGGAAGAAAUCUGCAGUGAGAACUGAGCCGACAACGUGCACCGGGUGGGCCGGCUCUGAGCCUGCAGCGAGGUCGCCAGAGGGAAGGUUAUCUCCACAUCCAUCUGCUGUGCCUCAGGCACUUAACUUUUCUCCAGAAAGAAGCGAUUUUACUCUUCCAAAAAGCACUAGCACUGAAGCAACUCUGGAAGAAGCAAAGUCAAGUGCAGAUGCACGCCCUGGAGAGGCCCUUCUCGUGGACAUCAGGCUGGACCAGCUCACCAUCACCACAGAAGCGGAAAGCAGAGCGCUCCGUGACCGCCCUCUCAUCGACUUCUGCAGUACCCCAGAAGCCAGCGUGGCUCUGGGGUCUGAGAGCCGACCUCUGAUCGACCUCAUGACAAACACCCCAGACCUGAGUGGAGGUGUUCCAUCUAAACCUUCCCAGGUAGUGGGGCAGCUCAUUGACCUGAGCUCCCCUCUGAUCCAGCUGAGCCCUGCUGCCGACAAAGAAAAUGUGGAUUCGCCACUUCUCAAGUUCUGACUGAAGACUCCUUGGCCUUUCACUCUGCUAAAAGAACAGUUUGUCUUCAAGUGAUUUUCAACCUUUGCGAACAAAAUUUUAGGAGAAACUGUGUUUGGGGGGGGGGGGAAGCCUCUGCUCCAGUGCAGGGUCAACUCGGAGGUGGGGGUCAGUGCUGACUGCCAGGGUCUCCACUCCUUGCAGCACCCCCACCCCCACUUGGCCCCGGGCUGGAAUGCAAAGCUGGAGUUGCUCUGAAUUAGGAAUUUUGUUUUUGAAUCUUUUGUAUGUAAAAAGCAAGUGGCUAUUUUAAAAUUUGUAUGAAAAGUUGAAUCUUCAGAUUUAAAUUAAAUUAUAAAAUAAAUGCAAGCGUACUAAAGCGUAUCUUAGUUUUUAG